AAUCCUUUGUAAUGGCCAACAAGAAAGAGCCUCCUUUUUUCAAUAAAGAUAACAUGCGGCCGUUUCACUACAAGCUUCCUUUUUAUGAAACUAUGGUGCUUUUCAUUGAGACGCUUACAGGAACAUGCUUUGAACUGCGAGUUUCCCCCUUUGAAACAGUAAUUUCUGUGAAAGCUAAAAUUCAAAGACUGGAAGGUAUUCCUGUCUCUCAGCAGCACUUAAUUUGGAAUAACAUGGAGCUGAAGGAUGACUAUUGUUUGAAUGAUUAUAACAUUUCAGAAGGCUGCACUCUGAAGUUAGUUCUGGCUAUGCGAGGUGGACCUAUUAACACCAGAAGAGUGCCUGUGGAAGACCCUAUCAGGGAAAUGGCUGAAUACGUGGAUCCCAGUAGAGAUGAGAUAUGGGAGAGAGGGCCAUCCAACAAAGAAGUUACCUUCUUAGUAUAUCGAGAAGGAGAUCAGUUGAAUUUCUUCCGUGUGGUAGAUCGGGGAGAUGGCACUUUAACGCCAUUAUCUGAAUCUAUGAGUGGUGGUUCAGUUUAUAACUUAUAUGCUGCUGAUGAAGAUGAGACAGAGGCAUCACCUUCUGGCCAACAGAUUAUGGAGAAUUCGAUUACUAUGAAUAAAAUGAAGCUGCUCAAGGCAAAGAUGGAGAACAUGAAUCUGAGUAAAAAGCCUAAGAAAACUGUCAAGGUGAAACCUCAUCCUCCUAUGGCUCCUCGACCCUCUAGUGGCUUAGUGGCUGCUGCUCGUCACCGCUUUUUGAGAGUGCUCCCCCAUAUUGGACAUUCUUGCCUACCUCCUCCUGGAAGCUCAUAUCCCUCAGAGUCUUCUCAAAACGCACUUUCAGCAUUGGCUACUUUGGCUACUGCUGGUAGAACAACACCAUCCACAACUAAUGACUUGCUUAAGGAAGAUGAUGCUUGGCAGAGCAGCUCUUGGUCUCAGUCAGUUAGUAGCAUCAGGUUACCACCAAAAAUAUCUCGUGUUGAACUAGAAAAUUCAGAACUGCCUACUAAUAGCAUUCUGACUCCUGUUUCAUCUCUGCCUGUGAAUUCAGAAAAAGCUUCUGAAAAUGUGACCUCAACAAGUGAGGAGGAUGCUGUUUUGUUUCCGAAUCGAACAAAUAUAGAACUAUAUGGAGCAGAAGAAAAAAUUCUACCUGAAACAGAUUCUUUUGCUUUGUUAACAGAAGCAAGCACCAAUGAACGGUGUAGUGAGAUAUAUGACAUAGGAAAGGUGAACCCAGAACUUGAACUGUCUGAUGGAGAUGAAGAAUCUAAGGUUGUAGAGCAGCAUAGAAAACCUAUUAGCAAAGUGCUGAGCACUGCAGCAAUGGGGGCUGGUCUUCUCAGUACUUGUGAAUUAAGUCCGCAGAAAAACCUGUUUUUGUCACCUCUUCGGUAUUCAGCGCAAGUGGCACGCCACAGUUCUCUGAAACCACAAACGCAAUCCAGAUGCUUUGAGGCUGGUAAGUUGAGAUCCACAGCCGCCCCAAAUGUGCUUCGAUCGUUGGAAGCCUGUAGCAUGGCAGACUCCUCUUUUUCUAAGAGUACUAGAUUUCACAGUGUUAGAGUCGAGUCACAUAGUAAAAGACCUGAUGUAAUUUCUAAAGCAGAGGCUAGCGACAUCACAGACAUGGCUAACAAGGCGUCCAAAGAAUCUGUGAGUUCUCUAAGCAACUUAGGGUUUCUGGCUUCGCUGGCCCGAAGCGCAAACAGGGAAAGUUUACAAAGUUCUUGUGGGACAGGCAGAUUUCGGACUUCUGGUAUUGCACUACCUGCAAACCUUCAGCAUUUUCAGGAAGAAGGCUUUCGGAAAACUGCUCCUCCAAAGGAAGCUGCUGAAUAUAUUCUAUCUGCACAUGGGCUUGGAAUGAAUUUAAUUUUUCCUGACAUAUCACCUCUGAAAGCAGGUGAAGCAACCCAUCUUCCACCUGUGAAUGGUUCAAUUCAAGCAAAAAAGAACAUUAUAAAGCAUUGUUUUCUUUGUGGCAAGAAAACUGGAUUGGCAACCAGCUAUGAGUGCAGAUGUGGAAACAACUUCUGUGCAACGCACCGCUAUGCAGAGACUCACACCUGCACCUACGACUAUAAGAGUGCAGGGCGAAGGUAUUUGCAGGAGACCAAUCCCGUCGUUAGUGCACCAAAGCUUCCCAAAAUCUAACAUGAUUGUGCUGCAUGUGGCCAUUCUGCCAUUGAAGAAUUGUGUUACACUGAGAGAAGCACUUGCUUAAACUGCAUAAUUUUACCAUGCUCCAUAUUGAAAGAUUUGCCAAGUAACAAAAGCACAUGAGGAUGCAUCCUACUGAAGAAUGUGAACACUACUGCAGUUGUAACUUUUCUUCUUUAAUGAAUGAAAAGUUAAAGAUUAGUUUUUAAAAACUUACACUAUAAUUUAACUGUCACUGCACGUCUUGUGUUGUGUUUUAUAUUUUGAAAAGCUGUUUCACGUCUUUAAAAGAUGCACUUUAAUUACUGUAUAACCAGACUUGAGAGGGUAUUGUAAUAAGGGUGUCUUGUAAUGCCUUCUUUACUCUUGCAUUUUUUUUGUCC